ACUUCACAGUCCACUCAGGGCCGCUCAUCCUCAGGUUGGGCCGAGCCACACGUUUGGGCCUUGGCGAGCCUGGUGGCGAGGCCUUGUCUUCUUCGGGCGCCAGCUUCUGCUCCCCGUCAGUAGUCGGCUCAGCAUCGGUGUUGCCGUGGUGACACCCGAGCAGAGUCGCAGCCCACAACUCCGAUUCGGCAGGCGGUUCGCCUCCCAAAUCCCCGCUCGGCCGCAGCGCCGCCAUUCAGCCAUGGCGAUGGUCUCCGGAGCCAAGAGGAGGAGAGGACUGGAGGAAGAACAAGAGGAAGAUGAAGACCGCAUCAGCCGCCUCCCUGACGGCGUUCUCGGCGACAUCGUCACCCUUCUCCCGACCAACGACGGCGCCCGCACGCAGGUGCUCUCCUCCCGCUGGCGCCACAUCUGGCGCUCCGCUCCUCUCAACAUCGAUCUGGACAUCGAUCCCGAUUACCCCCUCGGCGCCCACAACGUCACCGAAGGCGUAAUCUCGCGCAUUCUCUCCGCGCAUCAAGGCCCCUGCCGCCGCUUCUCCAUCCCGGAGCACUACCUCCUCUACAGGGACCUCCGCGUCACAAGCCUGGACGGCUGGCUCGAGUCCCCCGCCCUCGACAGACUCCAAGAGCUUGAGUUCCACUACGGCCGUCCUCAUUCGUCGAAUUUAGCGCCGCUGCCGCCGCCGCCUGCAUCCGUACACCGCUUCUCGUCAACCCUUCGCGCUGUCAGCUUCGGGGGCUGCGGUUUUGCGGAUGGAAACAAUGCCAGCGGGCUCCACUUUCCGGUUCUCAAGCAGUUGAGCCUUUCGGAUGUCAAAUUCUCCGAGACUUCUCUACGUGCCCUGCUAUCUGCCUGCCCUGUCCUGCAGAGCUUGCUGCUGAGGGGAAGCAUUGGCUUAUCUCGCGUACAAAUUGCGUCCCCGACCCUCCGAAGCAUCGGCGUGCGCUCUAAUCAUGGACGCGUGAUUCUGCGACAACUCAUCAUCGAGGAUGCCCCCUGUCUAGAAAGGUUACUUUGCUUUGAUUACUUGGGAAUCACCAUAUCGGUGAUCUCGGCGCCAGAAUUGCUUGUUUUGGGGCCACUAUCUGAUCGCAGUCCCAGACUCGAGUUUGGCACCACAGUCAUUCAGGGAGGAUCAGGCUUUGUUAGCUUGAAGAUGGUGUUGCACAGUGUGAAGGUCUUAUCAUUAUUUGAGGAGCGACUUAGUUUGGAUGUGGUUAUUGAAUUCAUGAAAUGUUUUCCCUACUUGGAGAGGUUGUACAUCCAGACAAGAAUGGCAGGGGAGAAAAAUGUGUGGUGUCGUAAGUACAGGAAUCUUAUUGGCACUCUUGAUAUUCAUCUGAAGAAAAUUGUGUUGGCUGGCUAUCGAGGCAACACGUCGCAUGUUAAUUUUGUUAAGUUCUUUGUUUUGAAUGCGAGAAUGCUAGAGUCCAUGAGGCUUGAGUUAUUUAUUGGACUUGAAGAUCCCAGCAAUGCAUGGAUUGACAAACAACAUAGACUACUUCAGACAAAAAAUAAGGCUUCAAGGGAUAUACAGCUUGAUUUUGCGUCUCAUUAUGGCCUCCGUCUGACGCAUUCCUUUUUUCGCCCUGAGCAAGUACACGAUUUGUCAACAGCUGACCCCUUUCCAUGAUCGGGCUGAUUCCUUCUUAUGACCAUAAUAACCUCUGUCCUGACUUGGAGGUAAUUCUAUGCUUUUCAUAUCUGAGACUUGAGUCAGCAGCAGGGAAGUAAUGGAACAAAAUAUACAUUUGCACAUCCCGGCAAACCAACUCUUGGUCUACUGGUUGUCCUACGUGUUUCAUUAUACAUAUUGAUACUGGUCUGAAGUUUAUCUGUGGUAUAUAUGGCUUCUGUAUAUCCCUAAUCACAACAUUUUGCUCCAUUUUAUAGACUGAAUUCUAUACUUGGGCUA